CUAUGCAUUCAUCACUUGCUACACUGCUAAACUUCUGGCUCACAUCAUCAUUGCAGAUCCUCGCUUGCGGUCAUAUGCAGAUAUAGGGCGGAAAGCAUUUGGACCCCGUUCUACGCUUCUGACUAGCGUGAUUUUCUGUCUUGAAUUGUUUGCUGUCAGUGUCGUGCUAGUCACACUAUCGGCUGAUUCACUAUAUUCCAUCUGGCCGCAACACUCUGUAAACACGUACAAGAUAAUGUCUCUUGUCAUCAUCAUACCCACCUUGUUUUUCCCGCUAUCAUUCCUAUCCUAUACAUCCAUGUUGGGCUUGGUGUCUACUCUGCUGAUCAUUAUUGUCAUUUUUGUCGAUGGAUUCACAAAGCCGGAUAGUCCAGGCAGUUUAUGGAGCCCUGCGCAAACGUCUUUUGGUCCAGGAAACUGGAGUCAGGUCGGAGUAGCUUUUGGGCUGUUGAUGGCUGGUUUCUCUGGGCAUGCAGUAAUACCCUCCUUGGCUCGUGACAUGACUGAUCCCUCGCAAUUCGACCAUAUGAUUAACUGGGCAUUUGUUAUCGCCACUUUUUUAUACACUGUCAUUGGUUACGCUGGUUACCUGAUGUUCGGUGUAUUCGUCCACGAUGAGAUUAGCAAAGACCUUCUAGCGACACAUGGAUAUAAUCCUUUGUUGAACGAGUUUGCCAUGUGGAUGCUUGUUAUCGCCCCGUUGUCUAAGUUUGCACUUUCGACCAGACCACUCAACAUGACGAUUGAAGUUUGGCUUGGUUUAGAUACAACACCUACCAUUUCAACUAAAGAACACCCCAGCCAGCAUAUCAGUGUCGCACAUACAGAGCUUUCUGCAAGUCGACACUUUCUGAACCGUGUUUUGACGGUUGUGGCGCGUAUCAUCUGCGCAUCUUUAUCGGUACUCGUGUCGAUCAUGAUCCCGGAAUUCAGUUCGAGCAUGGCCUUCCUCGGCUCGUUCUCUGCGUUCAUGCUAUGUGUAAUAGGACCAUUUGCUGCCAAGGUUGCUCUGGCUGGUCGGUGUACCCUUUUUGAUGCGGCGAUGUUGACGAUCGCAAUCAUUAUGGCGAUAUGGGGAACUGUAGCAGCUUUCUGGACUGCAUGAGCGAGGGACUGCGGAACACUGUCGAUCUCUGCCCUGCGUUUUGUUUCUCUCAAGAGGGAUCAGAAGAUCUACUGUCUAGAUAUAGGAUGAUGUACACGUACUCCACUGCAGCCUAUCUGCUUAUUUUCUUACUCAUUUUGCAUGCCAAACCUGGUACCGUUUGGUCACUUAAAAGCACCGAAGGAGGACCCGCACAGUUAAAUUGGCCUCGACUUACAGAUUGUGUGCCCUACUACAAACAAUAUAUCCCUCAAGCCAAACUCCUCCGUAUAUAUAUAUACCCCACAUGGCUGCAGAGACCUAACAUAUUAGCACGACCCCACCAUGUCCAUCCCCAAAUCCACCCGUGAAUACCGCAGCCAGGGCGACGAAUAUAAGAAUUUGAAGCUGCAGGAUUCUCCCCUUACUCAGCCCAAAGCUACAGAAGUUUUGCUCAAGGUUCAUGCCGUCUCGUUGCAGUACCGUGACCUUACGGUUUCCAAGGGUCGCUAUCCCAACCAAAAGAAAAAUGACAUUCCUUGCUCCGACAUGGCCGGUGAGAUCAUCGCAGUAGGCCAGGACGUCAAGAACUACAAAGUCGGUGAUCGUGUAUGCCCAAACUUUGCCCUCGACCACAUCCACGGAGACCCCACAAAAGAGAGUCAAGCGACAGGUCUCGGAGGCCCUAUUGAUGGUGUCUUGAGAGAGUACAUCAAUGUACCUGUUCACUCGCUCGUACGUGUGCCGGAGCACCUAUCAUAUGAAGAAGCUUCGACUUUGCCAUGUGCCGCGUUGACAGCAUACAACGCCCUUAUGGGCCCAGUUCCCGUCAAAGGGGGUGAUUAUGUUCUCGUACUCGGCACUGGGGGUGUCUCAAUCUUUGGUCUCCAGCUAGCGAUUGCUUCAGGAGCUAUUGUCAUUGCCACCUCUUCAUCCGAUGAGAAGCUCAAGAUAGCUAGCAAACUCGGUGCCAAACAUGUCAUCAAUUACAACAAAACUCCGAACUGGGAUGAGGAGAUCCUCAAAAUUACUGACGGUAGAGGUGUGGACCACGUUAUCGAGGUUGGCGGUUCUGGGACAAUUGGGAAAUGCGCCAAAGCGGCAAAAUAUGCUGGAUGCAUCAGUAUAAUUGGAGUCGUCGCAGAUGGCAGUGAAGGUAUCAACAUUCGAAGUGCGAUUGGCAAAGCUCUCAUCUAUCGCGGAAUCCAGAUCGGGUCGGUCAAGCAAUUUGAAGAUAUGAACCGCCUCAUCACGGCUCAUCAGAUCCAUCCUGUCGUCGACAAGGUGUUCUCGUUCGAGAAAGCUAUUGAUGCUUAUGCCUAUCUCGAGUCGCAGAAGCAUGUAGGAAAAGUCGUCAUCAGGGUGUCGCAGAAUUGAGUCGGAUGGGUCGGAGGAGAAAGGAGUGUUUUCUAUACGAAUAUUGAAUCAAUAUUAUAUUGCAAACAUGCUAGUUUAUAUACUAAAGAUUGUAUGUGAGAACAUGAUCUGCAUAGUUUCUGACCACCUAGCAUCAACGAAAUCUGAUUUUUAUGAUAUGAG